GCGCUUGCGCACUUCGGGGAAAGCGGAGCUGGACCCCGCCCCAUACCGCUGCUUUGCUUCUCCACUGUGCGAGCGAGGGACGUCGGGGGCGGCGCCGCAGCAGUUGCCCCUGGUAACGGGGGAGGCUGCAGCAGGAGCAGGAGGAGGAGGAGGAGGAGGAGGAGGAGGAGGGGGAGGGAUUCGGCGGGAGGAUGGGCUUACUUUCAAUUUUGCGCAAAUUGAAAAGUGCACCAGACCAGGAGGUGAGAAUCCUUCUCCUGGGCUUGGAUAAUGCUGGCAAGACUACUCUUCUGAAGCAGCUUGCGUCUGAGGACAUCAGCCACAUCACACCUACACAGGGUUUUAACAUCAAAAGUGUACAAUCACAAGGUUUUAAACUGAAUGUGUGGGACAUUGGUGGACAGAGGAAAAUCAGACCAUACUGGAGGAAUUAUUUUGAAAACACCGAUAUUCUUAUAUAUGUAAUUGACAGUGCAGACAGAAAAAGAUUUGAAGAGACAGGUCAGGAACUAGCCGACUUACUGGAGGAAGAAAGGCUAAGUUGCGUGCCAGUGCUCAUCUUUGCUAAUAAGCAAGAUUUGCUCACGGCAGCCCCCGCCUCUGAAAUCGCAGAAGGACUGAACCUGCACACCAUCCGCGACCGGAUCUGGCAGAUCCAGUCUUGCUCAGCUCUCACAGGAGAGGGCGUUCAGGUGAGAAUACAGGAAGGCUUGGUCACCUGGCAACAUGGCAGCCAACCAAGGUGGUUUUUCUUAUUGGUUGGGCUGAUCUAGAUAGAAAAAGGUAUGAAACAAAUAGCCUUGCAUUGGCAGAUGAACCAUUCCAAGAUGAGAGAGCAUGGAGGCGUUUGGCUCUUUUCUACUUAGCAACCAAUCAGAUAUCAUGACAUGUUUCAAGAGAGCCACUGAUAAGCCAUCCCACACAUGCAACAAGCUUUCCCUGUUGGGUGGAUGUCAGAACAGAAGACUUUGAAGAUUGUUCCUAACUUUAGGAUUCAUG